AAUCAUGUCAGCCAUUGAAUUUGCAUCGAUUCAAUAAGACAGCAAUUUAAUUUUUAUUUUAAUAAAAAGAGAUUUAAUUUAUUCUGUAUAAUGGUAGAUUUGAAUCAUUGAAUUUGAUUGAUUAACUAAUAGGGAAACCAGAAACCAACCGAGUAGCGUGAAAGUUCGUUAUUUUUCUCAUUUCUAACAAACAACGACAGAUUUAUAUUAUAAACAUCACGCGGAGAUAAGAUUAGCUUCAACAAUUAUAUACACAAAUCAAAUCAUUACACCCACCUCAUAGAACUGUAAUGUUGCUUCCAAAAAUUAAUGGGUUUUUCUUGAUGGCAGCAAUCACGCUUCAUAUUGGAAUAUAAAAGAUUUCUCUUUGUGGGUUUUUUUUGGAGGGGUCUAGAAAUGAGCAGAGAUGAUGAUGACCCAGGAGAACAGAGCCAGUCAAAACCACCCACAGCGACAACAACAUCACGACCUUACAUAUGGCUGACCCACUUCCAAAGAGAUCUGAUGGCGGGUGCGGUCAUGGGUGGAGGUGUGCACACGAUCGUCGCCCCAAUCGAAAGGGCUAAGCUAUUGCUGCAAACCCAGGAGAGUAACCUGGCAAUUGUGGGCCGUGGCCGUAGGAAAUUCAAGGGCAUGAUUGAUUGCAUCGUUCGUACCGUUAGGGAAGAAGGGGUUCUUUCUUUAUGGAGGGGCAAUGGCAGUAGUGUUCUUCGCUACUAUCCUUCUGUCGCUCUCAAUUUCUCGCUUAAGGAUCUUUAUAGAAACAUACUAAGAAAUGGCAAUCAUCAAGAUGGUCAUUUUCUGUCUGGUGCAUCUGCCAAUUUCAUUGCGGGGGCUGCUGCUGGCUGCACAACAUUAAUCUUAAUCUAUCCACUUGAUAUUGCACACACCCGCCUUGCUGCUGACAUUGGAAGAACUGAUGUUCGACAAUUCCGAGGUAUCUACCAUUUUUUAACUACCAUAUGCAAGAAAGAAGGGAUUCCGGGAAUUUAUAGAGGACUUCCUGCAUCUCUGCACGGCAUGGUAGUUCACCGGGGCCUAUAUUUUGGAGGCUUUGAUACAAUGAAGGAGAUUUUGUCUAAUGAUGCUAAACCUGAAUUGGCAUUGUGGAAGCGUUGGGUGGUGGCUCAAGCAGUCACAACAUCUGCUGGGCUGUUGUCUUACCCGUUGGACACAGUUAGAAGGCGAAUGAUGAUGCAAUCUGGCCUGGAACAGCCAAUGUAUCGUGGCACACUUGACUGCUGGAGGAAAAUUUACAGGACAGAGGGGGUGGCCUCAUUUUAUCGCGGGGCACUGUCAAAUAUGUUUAGGAGUACAGGAGCUGCUGCCGUAUUGGUUUUGUAUGAUGAGAUCAAGAAGUUCAUGAAAUGGGGUGGACUAUAGAAGGAAGCAAUUUUUGUUAGUUUUUCUUCAGAAAACAAGAAGACUAGAGUAGCAAGAGUUAAUGAGGAUAGCAGAAGGAAAGUCCUGUAAAGUGGAAAUGAGUUCUACACAGCUAACGUAUAACACAUGUCCUAGAUGACAUUUGUUUAGCGUGUCAACUUUUGAAACCCAGGAAAUACACCCCUUGAUGUUUUGUUUUGUUUUUUUUUUUUUUUUUUUUUUUUUUUGUUAAUAAAUAAAGAGUAGAAUGUGGUCGAUAUAAGGGUUUUAUAAAGUUUAUUGAUCUUCACGGUUGACCUUGGGGAUGUAUUUUACUCUCAUUUCCAUUUUUUUCUUUAUGUUUUCUUUUGUAAUGGUUUUCCUUUAGUUCGAGUUAAAAUGCAACCAGACAAUUUGAAUUUGAUUGCAGGCAGACUUAUAAGCUUCUACACA